AUGACCUUUUUGAUGGUGAAAGAAGCCGCCGAUAAAGGAGAGACAAAACUGAUGUGGUGGGGGAUAGGGUUUUAUCUUUUAACCAUGGCGGUUAUCAUUUCCUUCCAAUAUUUAGUUUAUAAAAAAGACCAGCCUUUCCAAAAAUCUUUGAAGAAAGAAAUUGAGCGAGAAGACUUUUUAAUUAACAAGCGAGAUUUAAUUAUUAAAAAAAAUUUAACUGCGUCCUCUUUAACUUCUUAUGACUACUACCUGGCUAAAACUCACCAGAAGGCUAAUCGCCGAGAUUUAGUUUAUACCCUUUCGUGGGUAGUCCCUUCUUACUCCUUAGUGCGAAUGUCUAGUUUUAUUUUCUUACCUUUUGCGGUUAAAUCGGACAACGCUUAUUCUGCGGUAACUAAAAUAAUUGAUUUGGCUGAUUCAACCAAAAAAAUAACCGAAAGACUACGGGAUUAUCCUUAUGGACUUUCCGCUCAGAAACAAAUUAAUAAUUUCCUGGCUCUCCCGGAGCGAAACGAUAUCCAAAAAAACAUCCUGAUUGACGAAAAUAUAAAAAGUAUAACCUUGAAAGGAAUAAGUUUUUCUUAUCCGGAAAGCAAACAACCAGUUUUGCGAAAAUUAGAUUGGGAGUUUGAAAAAGGUAAAAUUAAUCACUUAACCGGUGCAAAUGCCUAUGCCGAGCAUGAAAACUUAAUUGAAAAUGGUUUGUCAACCGGUCAAAAACAGUUAGUCGAUUUAAACAAACUUUUUAUCAAUAGCGGAAAGAAAGAAAUAUUUAUUUUUGAUGAAGCCGAUAAUGCCUUAGAUGAAACCAAUCGGCAAGAAUUCCGCCAAAAAGAUAUGGUAGAAAUCAAUGGUAAUAAAUUAACUAGUAGAAGAAAUCAAAGAACCAAAGCCGAAAAAAUACUGGAAGAUAUUGAAUCCCAAUUAAGAAAACUUAUUACCGAUAAAAGAGAAUUGAAGAAAAAGUUUUUGGCUAAACUUAAAGAAAUUGAAAGGCAAAAUAAAGAUAACCAAGAAUGGUAUAAAACCAAUUGA